CCAAAAUCUCGCAAAAAUCCCUUCUUCAAUUCUGUCUCUAUUGCUGAAUUCUUGAAAGAGUAUUGAAGAAAUGGAGGAGGCUUCAGCUUCAAACUCCGCUCCUUCUUCUUCUAAGGUUCGUUUGGUACGCUGCCCAAAAUGCGAAAAUCUUCUGCCCGAACUGCCAGAUUUCUCCGUCUACCAAUGUGGUGGCUGUGGUGCUGUUCUCAGAGCAAAGAAGAAUGGGAUUUCAAAGGAUGGACUGCCGGAGGUUUCGGAUGUCGAAAAUGGUAGAACUGUUUCUAGUAAAGGGGUCAUUGCUACGGGGCUAGAAAGUGCUUGUGAAACUGAGGUGGAAUAUAGUGGAUUUGAAACCGGUAAGGAGAAGGCCUUGCAUAGUAAUUCAUCAUUGGGACCCAAGAACGUAGAAGCCGUGCCUAGAGACCAUGAACCCUUUUCAGUUCCCAAGAGGCUUGAUUUAUGCAGAGGGGAUAACGUUUACGAUGAAGGCGAGCACGGAUGUUCUAAUGGUGAGCUUGAUGAUCGGGCUUUCAGAAAUGAUGGUUUGGUUGAGUUAGGUGUUCCUCAAUGUGGUGGCGACUCUAGUGUUGGGAUGGAACCCAAACGGGCCAGACCUUCAAUGGAGUCGUUAAGUUUUAGGCCUGUUAUCGAUAAUAGUAGGGUUGAGGAAAGGAAAAACCUCAAGGAAUUGUGUGAAGAUGCUAGACAAGCUGCAGGGCAGGCGAGGUUUAUGGAUUGCCCAUAUUCGGAUGAGGGGUCUUCGAAGUAUGGAACAAGUUCAUAUUACGGCGCUAAUGAGUGUAGGAAUUACUAUAAUGGUUUGGAUGGUUUUGCUAAAGUUGCAACUCUUGAGAAUGACAGAGCCGAUCUUCUGAGGAAGAUUGAUGAACUAAAAGACCAACUUAGCUUGACCUGUGAAGUGGGAGAUAAUAAACCCAAGGAAAGAAUCAGUGCCGAUAGGCGAACAGCCCCAACUACAUUUGGUCCAAUCAAGCACCCCCUUGGGCAAGGUCAGCAUCUAGGCUAUCCAUAUGACCGAGUAGGUGGUCCUUAUACCCGUAGGCAUUGCUCGAUGAUCCAAGACCCCUACCACCCUCCAGUGCCUUUUAGAAAUGGAACUCUAGGUUGCGAAAGUGCAUACUUGGAUGAAAUAAUCAGAAAGCCUCCCCAUCAGCCAUAUUCAGAUUUAACACAAAUGUAUCAUGACCACCAAUAUCCUGGUCCAUCGGAUUUAACUUCAGAUCUCUUUAGGCCACACCCACAUGAAAGCCGUUUUCACCACCCCACCUGCUCUUGUUUCCACUGUUUCAACGAAAAUAGGGAAGCAUCUUUUGCAUCAAUUGCAAGCCGAUGGCCACGAAAUGAAUCUCCUAACCCUGCUUUGUGUCAACCCAAGAGUUCUUCCGCACAUGGUUAUGCCUCUGAAGGCUCCAUAUGCCCUAAUGGGAAAUGGCUUACAAGAAGUUCAAGCGACUUGAAUAGAAAAAACUGUGCUGUUGGUCUUCACCAGAACCGUCCAAGGAAGGUAUUCGUUGCCCGUGGCAGUGAGAAGGUGUGCAGAACUAUUGCAGGUGGGGCCCCUUUUAUAUUGUGCUACAACUGCUUUGAGGUUCUGAAACUCUCACAAAAAGAUAGGAUGAUGACGAAAGAGCAUAACAAAGUAAGAUGUGGAGCAUGUUCUUCCAUCAUUGUGUUUGAACUAAGCAUCAAGGGCAUUGAUGCAUCAGCUCCCCGGAUGAAACAAGUGCGAGCUGAUGAAUCCAUUGAUAUGCAUAACAAGAGACUUCAUGGUUCUAGUGGAUUCGUCAGUCCCUGCUCUGAUGAUUAUGAUAAACACAACUUCAAGUACGAGUUCCCGGAUACUAAGGCCGAAGCAUUUGCAAGCUGCCCAAAACCAACAUUUGGUGAUUCAAGAAAGAGGCUUGAAGUUCAUUCGCUGUCGUCAAGUUUCUCAGAACAUGAUAAAAGCCCAGGGGCUGGCAUUCCUAGAAAAGAUUAUUCUCGCUCCGCAGAGUUGCAUGUUAAAGAUGAUGUGUCCCUAGUACUUCCAGAUUCACCUCUCCCUCUUGAUUAUCCUUCUUCAGAUGAUAUGGCUGAUGCAUGUAAUAGGGCAGCUAGAACUGAAUCUGCAGAUCAAAAGUGUAUUGAUGGGUGGGCCUCUCGGCAUAAUUCCAUGAAAGAUGCAUGUGUGGCGACUGAGAUGGACGUUUCAAUUGCUGAUUUUGGAAAUGGUGGCAUGCCUCAAGAACCCACUGAAGUUACUAAGGAAGAAGAUCGGCAGAAUGGUAAAAGGGGUAGUGAUUCCUUCAUUUUAGGCCUCCUUAGAAGGGGCUUCGGAGAAUUAUCAAAGUCUGGUCAGAAUACUGAAAACAGGAGAUCAAAUGUGUUUGUAAACGGGCAACUCAUAUCAGGCCGUGCUCUAAAAAAGGCAGAAAAGUUAGCAGGCCCUAUUCAGCCAGGAGAGUACUGGUAUGAUCGCACGGCAGGAUUUUGGGGCGUGAUGGGCCAUCCAUGCCAAGGAAUCAUCAUGCCAAACAUAGAAGAGUUUAACCACCCUAUGCCAAAAAAUUGUGCUGCUGGAAGCACGUGCGUGUUUGUGAACGGGCGCGAGCUUCACAAGAAGGAUCUGGAUCUACUCGUCAGGCGAGGCCUUCCACUUACCAGAAACAAGUCAUAUCUAAUUGAGAUGUCAGGAAGAGUUGUUGACUAUCAAACUAGCGAAGAGCUUGACAGCCUCGGCAAACUUGCCCCAACAGUUGAAAGAGCAGGGCAUGGAUUUGGCAUGAAGAUUCCCAGAUCGAUUUUGGAGGAUUCGCUUUAGGUGAUGAUGAUCAUAACUCAAUCUCAUUUGCAGUUCUUUGGGAAAUGCAGUUGUAUUUUCUGAUGCCCAUUUUUUUUAUGUUCUUCGCGUGCUGGAUUUGCGCUGAAAUGGCUGAUGACAACAAGCUUUGCAGAUUCAAAUUUAUGUGGGGGGGAAUGCGAAAAUUGCAAGUGUUAUGAUGUUUUAAUCAAGUUGAUAACUUAGU